CUGUUUAUGUCAACACAACACCUGGCGCAGUGUGAGAGUCUCUACACUGUUACGUCUACUUACUACCACUUGAUGAUGCCAGAGACAACAGGCCUUUUAUUAAUAUCUCUCUAAAGAGGGCCUGAUUGGAUUUUUAAUCAGUCAGAGAGGCCACUUGUUUGUGUUCUGGGAAACUGCGGGUCUACCUGCGCGGGCUUGUGCGCACUCCGGAGGGUGGGAGUGACGCUAGAGUUGACACACCUUUACUUUCCGCGGCGCCCUCUGUCUCCCUCUCUGCAAGCGGAAGAAAAAAAAAGCGACCAACGAUCUAAAAUGUCGGUAAAUGACAGAGCCAUGAGAGAAAUCCUACUAAAACCGGGAAAUGAGCUCUGCGCGGACUGUGGCGCACCGGACCCUGGAUGGGGCUCUUGCUCCCUGGGAGUGUUCAUCUGUUUGGCCUGCUCUGGGAUCCAUCGCAACAUCCCGGACAUCAGUAAGGUAAAGUCCCUGAGGCUUUCCCGCUGGGAGGACCAUGAACUGCAGUUCAUGGCUGAAAAUGGGAAUGAGCUAAUGAGAAGAAAAUAUGAAGCAGCUGUUCCGGUUUACUACUACAAACCAACCCACAAUGACUGCCAAGUGUUGAGAGAGCAGUGGAUUAGAGCAAAGUACGAAAGGAAAGAGUUUUCUGGGCCAAGCCACAGCUUGACAUACGAAGAAGGUACCAGGGAUGGCAUCUUGAUGAAGAGGGGGCGGGACAACGGACAGUUCCUGAGCAGGCGAUUUGUCUUGUCUGAGAGAGAGGGCACUCUGAAAUACUUCACAAAAUAUGACGCUAAAGAGCCCAAGGCACUAAUCAAAGUGGACUCCAUUAAUGCAACAUUCCAGCCAGAGAAAAUAGGAAAUCCCAAUGGCCUGCAGAUCACCUACCUCAAAGACUACAGCACCCGUAACAUCUUUGUCUAUCAUGACAGUGGCAAGGAGAUUGUUGACUGGUUUAAUUCAAUUCGAGCUGUUCAGCUUCAUUAUCUGAAGGUGGCCUUUCCCGGGGCAACUGAUGCUGAGCUUAUACCCAAACUCACAAGGAACUUUCUCAAGGAAGGGUACAUGGAAAAAACUGGUCCCAGGCAAACAGAAGGCUUCAAGAAACGCUGGUUCACUCUGGACCAAAGGCGACUCAUGUACUUCAAAGAUCCACUGGAUGCCUUUGCCAAAGGGGAAGUUUUCUUGGGGAACAAAGACCAUGGUUACAGCGUCUCCCCAGGCUUACCUGCUGGCACCCACUGCAAUGGCGCUUGGCAGUAUGGUAUCACAAUAGAAACACCUGAGCGCUCCUUCUUGUUUACUUGUGAGACAGAGGGCGACCAGCAGGACUGGCUGAAGCACUUCAGUGAUGUCCUUAGUGCUCAAAUGUCCCCACAGGAUUACACAAUGGAGGCCUUGUUCAAGCACAGGCACUGAUGGACCAGAGGCCAGUGGGUCAUUUUCCAGUCCUCUGCACUCUGAGGACCUUCUGCCUCUCUGCUGACCUGAAAUCUGCCUACCAUCACCCCUAUGAUCGCCCUGCAGGCUCCAGACAAUAAAACAAUAAAACCAAAGUAUGACUGAUAAACACUUAAAAGGGAGUAUUAACACCUGAAAUGUAACUAUCGUGUUUUCAUUUGGUAAUGGAUUGUAAAAAAUUCCACUAUUCUCAUCUAUGUCAUUGCAUGAUUUUGUCUUUUAAAACCUAAAUGUAAAAAAAUAUAUAUAGUCACAUCCAUUCCACAACCUUUAUUCAAAGUGGAUGGACAACCGAGUUCAAACAAAGUUUUGACUGGCACUUUGCAUUUCUUGUGUUUCUGUUAAAUAUAAUAAUGCACAUAAAGGAGAAAUACCAUUUUAUUUUUUGAUCUUGUGUCAUUAUGAUGUAGAACAGAGCCUCCUUGUGGCAUAACUUUGAUGAUUCACCAAUAAUAUCAACACUAAUUUAUCAGUAAAACAUUUUACUUGUGGUCUUUCUUGACUUUUUAAUAGAAAAAGAAAAUGUAUGUUUUUUUUUACACUAUCUACCCUGGGGGGGACAUAUGUAGAACAUGAAAUGAUAGAUAACCAUUAAUAAAGGUAAUUCUUUCAAA